GCAGGACGUACCCGGAAGUGACUGUUGGCGUAUUUAAAGACUGGAGGCGUCUGCUCCCGGCUCAGGCCAUCAUGAAACCCCCUGUGAGGCGGCGCGCGGUUCCGGCGCGAUACAGAGGACUGCCCACGACCGAGAUCCGCACGUCCACGCUCUGGACCCUACGGGAGAAGCAGCAACUCCUCCGUUUACUGCAGGCACGAGACGGGGACCGGGAACCAGCGGCUGCGGAGCUGAGGCAGGGGCUGCCCCACCGGAGCGAGGCUGAGAUCCAGGAUUUCCUGCAGUCGUUGAAGCGGCGUGUGGCCCGGGAGGUAAUUCAGCAGGAGCAUCGCUGCUGCCAGAAGGAACAGAGGCGUCAUAAGUCCGAAGUUCCAGCCCCCAUUGAGGUUUGGACAGAUCUGGCUACAAAGGUGACUAGCCAGUUGGAAGAAGCGAUGACCACUGCCUUUUCCCAGAUCCUGACAAUUGCUGCUACAGAACCCGUGAGUCUGCUCCACUCCAUUCCGAAGAAGCCUACCCAAGCCAGCGAGAGACAGCUUCUCUGCAAAGACUCUUGCUCCCAGGGAGAAGUGCUGCCUCCGGCCCCAGAGCCCACCCAAGAGACCAGUGUGGGAGUGUCUGGGACCUCAGACACCCAGCCCAAGACUGACUCCUCCAAAUCUAGCCCAGCCUCACCCGAAAAUGGAAACUUUGUCAUUGACUUUGAGAAGAUAUAUAAAUAUCUGUCAAGUGUAUCCCGGAGUGGCAAGGGCCUUGAGCUUUCCCCCGGAGAGUCGGCAGUCCUCCUCGAUCUGCUUAUGUCCCUCCCUGAGGAGCUCAGUUGCCUGCCCUGUGAAAGACUGCAGGCCCACAUGGCUAGUUCCUACAGAAAACUGAUACGCCCUCAAGUGGACUCAGGCCAGAGCCUCGGGCGCACUGGCAAAGGCCACUCGGUGGAAAACAGUGAAGUGAGCACCUCCCCCGGCAGUGCCCCAGGGAGCGUAGAGAGCCUCACUCCUGAGAGGCCUGCUGCUUCUGGGCCAAGUCUGCCCCCUGCUCAGCACCAGGUGUGGCAGGAUCUGAAGUUCUGUCCUCUGAACCCAUUCCUGGUUCCCUUAGAGCUUCUGUCUCAGGUCCCAACUCCUGGGCAGUGAGCACUGGCAGGCCCUUUGCCAGGGGAUCUGCCUGAGGGUGGGGCCAACACUGCAUACCCAGGCUGAGGGCUGUGUGUGGGUGUGGGUGGUGAGGGUGAGAGGAGGAGAGAAAAAAGGUGAGCUCCUAGGAAAUAAAGCUCAGAAUUUCUGGAAUUCCUUUGAUACUUUAUCCUAGGUUUCUAGACAGUUCUAUGACUCUUGGUUUAUUUGAGCCCCUAUUCUCAAUACCUGAUCUGAACAAGUACCUAAGAAUUUGUACUAGGUAGGAAUUUAAAGAGACUCCAGAGUUCCUGGGACUCAGAGUCAUAUCUGUUUUGUUGAACCCCAUUCCCUCCCUGGAUUUGAAGAGUUGUAUGUGUGUUUGGAAGAGAUUUCAGGCAGACGAGUCCUGAGACAGUCAGGCUUGUUCUGGGAAAAACACUUUUUAGACCUCAAAGUAUGAUUUAAGUGUGACUUUUAAAAAUUUAUUCAUUUUCUUAUUCAGCAAAUACUUGUUUUGUAUCUCUAAUGUGCAUGGACAUCUCCUCUUCUCCAAUCUGCCUGGUGUGUGUGAGAUAGUCCAACAUUAGAACACCCCAAUAUUUUCCACCCUCAACACUAUCAUUCCUUUAAUAUCUUAGUUUUCAGUUAGGUUUUGUAGCAAAUGUUGGGUUUCUGCCUCAGCCUUCUGGUUUGGUUGCCAAUGGGUGCAGUUAAGUUUAUCGAUCUCAAAAAUAUGGAACUUAGGUUCAGAAGGACUAUAAGGCAGAAUGUGGAUAAUGGUUUUUAUUUUCAAAAUAUAAUUUUAGAAACUAAUAAAAACAAAAUUAAAUUACAAAUAACUAAGAAAUUCUUAGCAUAAUUUAUAAGUGGUUGCAAAACUGUUAAGUCAUUCAUAUUUUAUCCUUUAAUUUUAAAAUGAAACUGUUUACUUUGUCUAAUUAAUGCAAAGAUGUGCUUUCUCAAAAAUUAAUUGCAGUAGUAGUUGACUCAAGCUCCCACCUUUGCUUCUCUGACAAUCCAAUGUUAACUGUGCUCACUGUGUUAACACCAAAUUAAUUUUGCUUUGGUUAAUACCCCAAUUAAACAAGGAAUUUCAAGGUUUUUAACUUAAAAUCAGCCAGCCUUUUCACCAAAGCACAAACUUCUUUCACAAUUCUGGGCUGUAUUUUUCCAUUCCUUCCUACCCUCAUUUCAUCAAACAGAAUAUUGAAUGGUAUCGUGCUUAAAAAAUGGGCCAUGGAUAUAUUCUCUUUUACCUAAAUAUAUGAUGCAAUAAACAAUCUACAAAUGUUGAUUUGUUUUCAA